AUGGUAACCGCCAACAUUGAUGGUUAUUUCAAACAACAAUAUCAAAGACUGUAUGAUUAUGCACAAGAAUUACUGAGGUCAAACCCUGGGUCAAUAGUGAAAUUGAGUGUGGAACGAAAUGAGGAUAAGGCUAUAUUCAAAAGAAUUUAUGUGUGUUUCAAAGCAUGUAAGGACAACUUUGUCUCAUGUAAACCUAUUAUACAUUUGGAUGGAUAUUUUUUAAAAGGCAAAUAUGGAGGUGAACUUUUAACUGCUGUUGGAAGAGAUGGUAAUGAUCAGAUGGUACCUUUGGCAUAUGUUGUUGUUGAAGUAGAGAAUAAGGAAACAUGGACUUGGUUUUUAGAAUGGUUAAUUGAUGAUCUUGGAGGUGGGGGAUUAUGUUCUAGGUGUACCUUUGUGUCAGAUCAACAGAAAGGACUUCUGCCAGCUAUACAACAACUUUUACCUGGUGUGGACCAACGUUUCUGUGUAAGGCACAUUUAUGCAAAUUUUAGGAAGAAAUUUUCUGGCAUAAAUCUGAGACAAUUACUAUGGAAGGCAGCAGCAACAACACACCCCCAAGCUUGGGAAUCAGUGAUGAGACAAAUCAAGGAAGUCAACGAAGAGGCCUUUAAACACUUGAUAGCUAUUCCACCAAGAUUUUGGUCUAGGUCAAGAUUUUCAGGAAGACCUACUUGUGACACACUUGUCAAUAACAUAUCUGAAGCUUUUAACAGCGUCAUCUUAGAUGCUAGGGGGAAACCAAUCAUAACAAUGAUGGAAGAGAUUCGUAGCUACAUGAUGAAGAGGUGGGCAUCCAAUAGAGAGAAGAUAAACAAAAGAGAUUGUAGCUGUAGGAAGUGGACUGUAACAGGAAUACCUUGUUGUCAUGCACUCACUGCCAUGUGGUUUUUAAACAUCAAUCCAGAAGACUACAUCCCAAAUUGGUUUAGAACCUCUACUUAUGAAGAAACUUACAUUCCAUUAAUUUUCCCUGUGAAUGGACUUGAACUAUGGAAAAGGACUUCAUAUGCUGAUGUUUUGCCUCCUCCGAAUAGGGUGUUGCCAGGUAGACCAAGAAAAAAAAGAAGACUGGAGAGUUGGGAGCAAAAAAGGGAUGAUACACAACUUGGACAAACAGGAAUCCCAAAGAGAUGUGGCAUUUAUAGACAACUAGGGCAUAGAAGAACUAAUUGCCCUCAAGCACAACACCAACAAGCUACAACACACUCCACUCAACCAAGUGAACAACAACACCACGAAGCUACACCACUACCCACUCAAGCAAGUCUGAAUACUCAACAACAAGACCACAAAGCUACACCACUACCCACUCAAGCAAGUCAGAUUACUCAAGAACCCCAGACCGAUCACACUACAACAACACUUUAA